GCGUUGGUGCCUCUAAUUGCGUUGAAUGGAUAAGUGCAGCUCAAAUUCAUGAUGGGAUUCAGCGCUGAUGCAAAUGUGAUGUAUGAAGAAGCAAGUCAGGUGGCUAAUGAUGCUGUUGGAACAAUAAGAACCGUGGCUUCCUACUGCGCAGAGGAAAAGGUUAUGGAGAUAUACAGGAACAAGUGUGAAGGGCCAGUGAAGAUGGGGAUAAAGCAAGGAUUGAUUAGUGGCACCGGUUUUGGCCUAUCUUUAGCCUUGUUAUUCUUCGCUUACGCCACAACAUUUUAUGCAGCAGCUCGACUUGUUGAGUCUGGGAAAACUACAUUUGAAGAUGUGUUUCGUGUAAGUAGACAACUAAGUAAGCGGUUUAUAUAAAGGCUGAUGAAUAUAGUUAUGUAGUGUAGCGUACGUGCAGGUUUUCUUUGCUAUAAACAUGACAGCAGUUGCUGUAUCCCAAUGUAGCACGUUUGCCCCGGACUCGAGCAAGGCCAAGAGUGCAACUGCUUCCAUAUUUGGCAUCCUAGAUAGGAGAUCAAACAUUGACCCCAUUUGGAAAAAAUGUAAGAAUUUGGUGAAGCAAGUGUUGAACACCAUUUUUUUGUUAAUAUUGUUUGGAUGUAAAUUACAUGACUACUUUAGGUACUUUGAAGCUACAAUGUAUGGAAGUUUAAGUUAUUUUAUAUAUAAUAUGUUUUGGAUUGUAUUA